GAAAGGGACUUUUGUGAUGCACUCAUAACCGCUAAGAAUGAGGCCCUCAGAGAGGGUAAAGAGUCGGCCCCUUAUCUCACCGAUGAAAACCUAGCGAUGACUAUAUUUGAUCUGUUUUUCGCCGGAACCGAUACAUCCCAACAGACAUUUCAAUGGUUACUCAUUUUGUUGACAUACUAUCCGGAAAUGCAACGAAAGUUGAGACAAGAGAUUGAGACACAAAUCGGAGACCGAAUGCCAACACAUGAGGACAGGAAUCGAUGCCAUUAUGUCAUGGCUUUCAUUACGGAAACACUGAGGUUCAGGAAUAUAAUUCCUCAGGGAGUCCCUCACAGGGCUAUUGUUAGGACUACUAUCGGAAAACAUACCAUCCCUGAGGAUAUGGCGGUUAUUGUAUAUCAGGGCUACAUUUGUCGUAAUGAUAAGGAUUGGGAGAAAGCAAAUGAGUUCAUUCCCGAGAGAUUUCUAGAUAAAGAGGGAGAGUUCAUAACUACCCGUCCAAAAGCGUACAUCCCGUUCGGUGUGGGACGACGUGUUUGUCCCGGAGAGAAGUUAGCCAUCGCUGACCUCUUCCUAGUUUUGGUCAGAUUUCUGCAAUCGACUCAAGACUACGAUAUAGUCCUCGACAGUCAUAAUGGUAUUGAUGCCGACCCUAAUAUAGUCGACGCUUAUUCCCCUCCAGAA